AUGCAUAACUCAACGUAUGCUUGUCUGUCAAGAUCAAACAGCACAAAUCAACCGUCAUCCGAUCAGGAAGGCAUAGAUCGUCAAAACAAUUUAAUGUUUACGAAACUUCCAUUGCCAAAAUUAGAAAAUGAUUUACAAAACUAUAAUUUGAGGUUGGACAACAGGCCCAACUCUGAACAGAAUAAAGAUGGUACGGCAGAUCAAACAAUAAGAAGAUAUAGAACAGCAUUCACGAGAGAACAGUUGCUUCGAUUAGAAAAAGAAUUUUACAAAGAAAAUUACGUGUCCAGGCCGAGAAGAUGCGAGCUUGCGACCGAAUUAAAUCUUCCCGAAUCUACGAUAAAGGUGUGGUUUCAAAACCGGCGGAUGAAGGACAAACGACAGAGGAUCGCCAUGGCAUGGCCGUAUGCCGUGUACACGGACCCGACGUUUGCGGCCACUGUGCUGCAGGCGGCUGCUGCCAGCGCGCACGCCAACGGCACGCUGCCCGACAUAGCGGCCAUUGCCAAUGCCUACCAGUACUCGGCGGCAGCGGCGGCCGCGGCCGCUGGGCCGUCGUACUUCCACGGCCAUGGAGGUGGCGGCGGUGGUGAGUUUGGUAAGUUCCAGCCUCAGCACUACGUCGGUUCGGUUCCACCUCCGCCACCUACACCACCAACCCAGUCGCUUCAGCAGAUGAUGAAGAAACCGUUCGGGCCGUUCGUGGGCCAUCAUCACCACCAUCACCAUCACCAUCAGUUCGCGGCCGAUGUCACUGCCAUGGCCGCAGCCACCGACGUCUCCACGUCUGAAUCCAGUAACGGUCACCAUCACGCGGCGACCAGUUAUGACGGCCACAAGGCUGCGGCGGCCGAUCACAAAACGCCUUCGGCCACGGUAGACAACAAUAAAACGACGACUUCGGCGGCUGCGACGUCUUCGUCGUCCUCAUCGUCAGCCGCAGACGCCACCGAUUUUUCCGGUGUGGCAGCCGGUACGAGCUGUAAGUGCGGAAUAGUGGAUUGCGUACUGACCACUUCCGGAAAACCGGUCAACAACAACGGCGCAACGGACGAGUCUACGACACCGGCCGCAGCUGACCGCGGCUUGUCUUCACAGCCAUUUUUCAUGACUUCCAGCGCAACUGAAACCGGUAGGGACGACAUACAGUCUGCAGAAUGUUCGUUGGCCGUUCACAAGCACGUCUACCACAAGGAGUACGCCAAAAACAAACUGUUCCAGCCCUACAAAUCGGACGUGACGACAGCUAAACUCAAUCUGUAA